AUGACAAACCAGACGACAGCCAACCAGUCCAACACAGUCAAGAAGGAGAAAGAAGAAAGCCAGCGAGAUGACAACACCGACGUUGCGUAUAAAGAUGCAGGCCACUGCAGCCGCAACACCCACAACCUGCUGCUGGCACUCACUGUCAUGGGUGUCGUUAUGGGGGCAGUGUUUGGGGCGGUGCUGCGGUACAUGAAGGUGACGGACAACUCCACGCUCACAAUGGUUUCCUUCCCUGGAGAAAUCCUCAUGAGGAUGCUGAAAAUGCUCAUCCUGCCUCUAAUCAUCUCCAGUCUCAUCACAGGGCUGGCUGGUUUAGACGCCCGCUCCAGUGGCAGGAUGGGCAGCAGAGCCAUGGUGUACUACAUGUCCACCACUGUAAUAGCUGCCAUCCUCGGGGUCAUCCUGGUGCUGGGGAUCCACCCGGGGAACCCCAAACUGAGGGGAGCCACGUCGAAAUCGGCCCCGAAGAACCAGGAAGUCAACAGCCUGGAUGCCUUCCUUGACCUACUCCGAAACCUCUUCCCUGAGAACCUGGUGCAGGCCAGCCUCCAACAGGUUCAGACGGUGCUAAAAAAGGUGCCGGUCUCAGUAUCAAACCAGACUGAGCCCAUGAUAGUGGGCAUAAAGACACUGGAGUAUAAAUGGGGCAUGAAUGUCCUCGGUAUGAUUGGCUUCUUCAUCACCUUUGGGAUCUGCAUGGGCAAGAUGGGCGAGCGCGGGAAGGUCAUGUGCGACUUCUUCAACAUCCUCAAUGAAAUUAUCAUGACGAUGGUUUCCAUGAUCAUGUGGUACUCUCCCGUUGGCAUUGCCUCUCUGAUCGCAGGGAAGAUUGGAGCCAUCGGAGACCUGGAGUUGGUGGCCAGGCAGCUGGGCAUGUACAUGGUGACCGUCAUCGUGGGCCUGGUGAUCCACGGCGGAUUAAUCCUACCUGCUAUAUACUUUGCUAUCACCAGAAAAAGUCCCUUUAUUUUCUACUCUGGAGUCUUCCAAGCUUGGAUCACUGCGCUGGGCACUGCUAGCAGCGCUGGGACGUUACCAGUCACCUUCCGCUGCCUGGAGGAGAAUCUGAAAAUAGAUAAACGUGUGACUCGCUUCGUGCUGCCCAUAGGUGCAACCAUUAACAUGGACGGCACUGCACUGUAUGAGGCAGUGGCAGCCAUCUUUAUCGCCCAGAUGAAUGACAUCACCCUGGACACUGGACAGAUUAUUACAGUCAGUAUGACCGCCACCCUGGCCAGUGUUGGAGCUGCCAGUAUUCCGAGUGCUGGACUGGUGACCAUGUUGCUGAUCCUGACGGCAGUCGGCUUGCCCACCCAGGACAUCAGUCUGCUCAUCGCUGUGGACUGGCUGCUUGACAGAAUGCGUACCUCCAUCAAUGUGGUGGGCGAUUCGUUUGGUGCCGGCAUCGUUGACCACUUGUCCAAGGCGGAGCUCGCCGAACUUGACGCAGCCGAAUUGCAAAUGCAAAUGCUGCUGCUCCAUCCAGAGGGGGAGCUAGAUUUCAUCCCUCCGCCACCGAUCUUCACCGAGAUGGACCUGGUCGACCCUUUUAGACCGCCUGAGCUGCCACCUCGCUCCCCUCGCCCACCCAAACAAAACCACCACGGCCUCUCCCAGUCCCAGUCAAUCACUUACUCGCCAUCCCGUUCUGUCCGAUCUCCAUCACCACGCUCCAUCCGUUCUCCCUCUCCGCGCUCCGUCUGCUCCCAUUCUCCCCGACCUUUCCGUACUCACUCCCCACGUAUCCUCCGCAGGACGGAGGCAGGCUACUCCGCUCUGCCCAGCCAUGAUAACCAGAUUCCCACAAUGCCUCGCUGCUACAGAGAGCGAGAACGGGAACGGGAGCGGGACCGACUGAGGCGAGAGAGUGAAACUGAGGAGGAGGACGAGAGGGUUUUGGGUGGAGUAAGUGACGGCGAGGAGAGUGAUGACACUGCCUAUGACCGGAGGAAUGUCAUCCCACUGGGCGACCUGCCUUGA